UCCUAUCGUUCGUGAAAUCUAGCGCGCAUCCUUAUUUUCCCCAUCGACAAGGAGAAAAUUGAUAAAAAUCGUGAUUUUUAUAAAUGCACAUUAUAUAUCCCGUAUAUAUCAUAGGUAUUGUACGAGUACGCAUAUGAGAUACAUACAGUACUCGUAGAGUCGCGUACGCGAUGCGUCUGGGUUGGACGAACGAGAAAGCUCUUUACGUAUGCGAUGCACACGCUUCAUAUGCGUUCUAUUUGCAUAGAAUGCGCAUGCAUUUAGAAAGGCGCGCACGUGGGAUAUCACGGAGAAUGGAUCCGUAAAUUCUAGUCUUGGUGUCAAAUGGAUGAGGGUACUUUCCUAGGGCACACGCGUUGUUAUUAUCGUUAUAUGUAUAUUUAUAAGGAAAACUUUACUAUUCGAUUAUUUCCCUCGACGUAAGCGUCGGAUCUUUCAUCGUCGUAUUCCGGUCGGACCAUCUCGAGGCAUGUGACCGGUAGGUGCGGCGCGGUAGGAAAACGAAGCGGUAGCGACAUUUCCAUUACAAAGACGAACGCUCUCGCCGUUAUGGAAUACAUAUGUAUCGAGAGUUACUUCCACCGGUACGACCUAAAAUUGGAAAAUCUCCGUGUUAUAUUCGUCGUUGGACAUCGACGCUCUUUCCGUCUCUUCGUCCAUAAUUCGUCCAUAAUUCGUCCAUAAUUCGUCCAUAAUUCGUCCAUAAUUCGUCCUCUCCGAUAAUUCUUCGAUAAUUCCUCGCGAAGAGAUGUACGAAUCCUCUCGAAUAUGAAAUCAGUCGAAUGGCUUCUUCUUCCUUCGAUUUUAAUCUCCUAACGCUUAUACACGAAUAAUAUAUUUACAUAAAUGCCAACGCAACGUUUGAAAAUUAAUUUAAUUCUCACUAAUCGAGUACUUCUCCGAUUUUCAUCCUCCGAGGUAACUAACUUUUAAUCGGCUAACCGAAUUAUAUAAUUUCGUUCCGUUAUUUAGAGAUUUAUUUAAGAGAUAGCGAUAGAGAUGUCUCGGAGACAUACGUUCGCGGUCACGGCUUAAAGAUUUUCUUCCUUCCGUCCUAUUGGGAUUUCUUAAUUAAAUUUUUUAAAUUGAAACUAUGCGACGAGACGAAAAAGAGAGGAAAAAAAUCUCGGUCCACUUAUCGUAAUUAUACCCAACGAUGCGACGACGACCGAUUAAUAGAACAGUGGAAUUUUUCAAAAAGUUUUACCGCGUUGGCUCGAAGUUGUUACUUCCUUCGAACCAAGACUUUUGUCUUCGUUCGCGCGUUCGUUUCUCGAAUUAUCGAUAAUUCGAGAAACGGUGCGAAAUCAGAUCCGAAUCAUCCCGACGAUUAGCUCGUUUUCUCUCUUAAAAUCGAGAUCUGCUCUAGCAGAGAAAGUUGUGCUUUGACGUGCGUCCGUUAAGAUGCGGAGCUUUAGGAAAAUUACUAAGUAUCGCAGUAUUCUCUAGCAUUAAUCGGAAAAUUCGAUGAAAUUUCUCGGACGACGUGCUGCCUUUUAUUCUCAUCGAUUGGUUCAGAGUCCUUUGGCCCUCGAUAUGACGUUGCAACGUUCGCCGUUGGAGAUCGAAGCGAUCCUCGUUGGAAAUCCCAGCAUGACGAUUGAUAUUACAAGGAUCGUUCUAGGAAACGAAGAUUUUCCGGGCGUGUACGGCCUCUUUCCGGACGUAUAUUCGAUAUAGAUUUUCUUCGAUUAUCUUACCGCGAUAACCCAAUCGUUCGUCUACACACACACACACACACACACACACAUAUAUAUAUAUGUAUGUAUGUACGUAUGUAUGUACGUAUGUAUGUAUAUGUAUUGUACCACGUUCGCUCUAAUACGGUUCUUUCGCACAUCUUACGUUUCAUACUCGUUCCUCUCUUUAUUACGCUCUUCCGAGCUCGAGAUGGUACGAGGUAUAUGACAGACGUGACAGAGAAUCGUUACGCUUGAUCUCUCCCGAAAGUGGAUUUUCAUAAGUGGAAGUUGAAUUAAUAGAAAAGGGCCGAGGGGGAGAGGGUCGGAAGGGGAGAGUGGUCGAUGCGAUGCGACGCGAACGAGAGGUCAUAAAAGUCUGACGCAAAGUGCGGUCAGGAUAAUGGUAGAGAGUGUGGGAGCAUACGUACAUGCAUAAGCUUCUCGCGUUCGGAAGUUUCGUCCGCUACGAUUUUCGCAACGUCCAUCGAUCCUCCCGUCCGAUCGAUUGAUCGUUCACAGGACAGAUGACUAUGCUUUCGAUAGAGCAGAUACGUUACGGACAACAAUUUCGUACUUACUGGCGUCUGUCCGAGGAAGAAUACCUGCCCAUAUACAAUUCGAUCGGACUGAAAGCCGCUCUGAACUUGAUCUAUGAGCCAAGAAUUUAUGUCGUCGUCGACGAGCACGACGUUUGCUCGCAGAUGAGCAAACGUCGUUUUUUCCUCGACAUAUUGGAAAGAUACAAUCUCGCGAGUAUUUCGGACUGGUACGAGGUCACCUCGAUCAAGAUCUUUUCCGAUCUGAACGUCUUAAAGAUAAAUUUUGUCGGAUUGUGUGCAGUGCGCUUUAAUCGAAAAACAACCGACGGACGAUCCAGCUGCCCGAUUCGAUCAUCUCCUCUCAAAGACAUCGCCGGUCUACACCAACGAGACGAAGAAGAUCGACGAACAGUUGAAAGUUUUAAUGAAAGAGUCGCGGUAUAUCGGACGGCGGAAGGAUGUGAGAGGAUUAUAUGGGUGAACACCAAACGGGCAGAGCAGAUCCGUCGAAAUCACGAACACGUGGCGAGACGUGAAGCGGGCGUUGAGCCUGCUGUGCAUAAAGAAAUUCUUCGGGAGUGCGACGAUGCUGGAGGCUCCACCCGGAAGUCGCGAAGAUCUCGUGGAAGCAGCGAGAACUCCAUGUACGCCUACAGAUCUGGACACGAUGUUGUACGGAUACACAAACAGCAUAUACGUGCUGGACCAUACUCCGGAGUCCUUGCCGGACAUGGAUAUGCUGCAGCUAUUCGCAUCGCCGGCAGGACGAGCACUUCUAAGUAAUGACAAUCGACCGAGAGGAUCGACGACGACCUCCUCCUUGUCUCGAGAAUCCUCCUCGAGGCUGAAGAGCGGCAGAAGACCAUCGGGUACCGGUACAGUCAGCGCGCCUACCUCGCCGCCGAGGCAACGAAAGUCAAGCGCUGAA